CGGUGGCUUUUGUUUUGCAGUUUUCUGUCAGAUUGCGAGAAACUGAAUUUGAUUAUAGAUUUUCAGACAUGUUGAGCGGAUAAUGCGCCAGCUUUUGGCAUUGCAACGCGUUAAAUGAUCUUUGGUUUACCUCAUUUGAUUGCUGUCCAGCUUUAGUCUUUCUAAAAUCUGAAAAUCGACACAUAAAAAUGUCGGCCCUUUUUAACUUCCAAAGUCUUCUCACGGUCGUGCUGCUUUUGAUUUGCACCUGUGCCUACAUCAGAUCCAUGGCCCCUUCAUUAGUGGACAGAAACAAAGUUGGAUUUUUGGGCAUAUUUUGGAAAUGUGCUCGAAUCGGCGAAAGAAAGAGUCCGUACGUUGGCUUUUGUUGUCUGGUCAUGGCAGCGAGUUUGCUCUUCUGGACGUGAGAAUAAGAAUAUGCCAUCGAUGCAACUUUAAAGAGCUCAUUUUUAUAAACUGUUCUUUACGAUAUUAAACUUUUCCAGGUCUGGUAAUUUAAAGCUUGCGUUUUCGUUU